AUGGGUUUCUUCGACGCGUUCCGCGAUAAGCCUUCUGCUACGAGAUACGGAGAUAUUCACACCACGGCAAAUUUUGAUGUCUUUGAUGCGACACUUGCUUAUGUAUUCUGUGCAUUGGGCUUCUCGUUUCUGAUCCUACUACCUGGUUACAUGUUUAAAGAGGUAUGAUGACGUCUUAAUUACUAUGGGCGCUAUACGUUCACAUACAUCAGUGCCAGUCAAUCUGUCCUGAUCGGAUGACUAAAAUAUAGUCGAAACGUAGAUUCAUUAAAGCUACAAAAUGUUAUUUGGAGUCCUUUUGUAUUUUAGUGCGAAAUAAUGUCGUCAAAAUUUACUUGUGUUCACACAAUGCUGUUACAGUUUGUUUACAAAUUAUUAAAUUAGCACUCAUGUGAACCCAAAAUACUUCAGAUAGAGCAAAGAAAUUUCAACGAAAAGCAUUCGAAUUUCCUGUUUUGAGAGCUGAGAUGCUUGGUUUGCAAGCGGUACAAAAAAGUAACGGCGUUUGUGUUGACACGAAGCCGCCAAGCGCUCCGUUUUCAUCGUCUCGCUCCGUUUAGAAACCGCGCCGAAAUUGGUACGGCAAAAAUGACGUUUAAAUCUAUAGUUGACUUUGUUGAUUCGAAGAAUUUUCUUGAGUAUAAUAUAGAAUAUGGUUAGCAUUUAACCAUUUUUACAACGGCGUUUCGUAAAAUUAUAUAGGAACUUCAAAGAACUUUAAAUCGUCCGAAGUUAGACCGGAUAAAACACGUUUAUCUGUUAAGAGUUAAGAAGAUAGUUUUCAACUAUUAAAUAACUUUUCCCAUUCGAGAACUUUCGCAUGGACAAAUAAAAUCAUCUGGUGUUAUACAGAGUUAAAUUUUAAGCAUGCUAUUGCCCAAAAACUGGUAUAAAUUAUCUAAAUUAGUAUUUUGAGGACACAGCGCAAACCGUUGCAUGCUGCACUUGUAAAAAUGUCGGUUUCUAAGCCGAAGGGAAGUCGUAAUGAAAUGUUCCAAUUUUAGCAAAUAAGGAAUGAGCUUAAUGCAAUUUGGAACAAGAUAGAAAAUUCUUGUAUUCAAUGGUUUCCGUUCAAAGACUAUUCCUUUGGAGAAGUGAAAUAUCACUUGCAUAAAAAAGCUUUGUGAAUUGUGAAUUUUAAUACUUCCGCCGAAAUCACCAAGCUAAUUCAAGCAUUUAUCAUCUCACAGAGAUGUAAAUUAAAAUUAGCACAUUUCUAUAACUGUGGAAUAUAAGAUAUUUCAAUUAAACAACAAAAUUGAGUCGAUUAUUACAUUGUGAUUUAGUAACGUACUGAUAAAAUACAAAAUUAAUUUAAAGUGCCAACAUACAUUCAACGGAAAUUAAAAGAGAAACAUGUAAUGUCAAUAAAUUGAUUAAUUAUGCAAAAUGGACCAAUUAUUUUUGUUGAAGAUUUUUAAUGAGAUAACGCACACGACAUCGUACAUUUGGGUAAAACAAUUUGUGAAAUUAUGGCCCAUCACCAAUUAUUGAACACAAUUUACCAUAUUAAAUAUUCUAUCUAAAAAACUUUUUUCCCUCCGUAUAAAUUCCGUAUGAACAAUGCUGAGAAAAUUGCGGGACGAAGAUUUUAUUCGGUCUGACACCAGAUGAUUUUGAACAGUAUUGAGCGUGAUCAGUUCGCCAGCGAGAGUUGCAUGAGAGUUGACAAGCGAGAGUUUGCAUGAGAGCUCUCUCAACUUUCAUUGCUUGGUCAAACGAGACCAAGAGUUGCAUGAGAGUUGACAAGCGAGAGUUCGCAUGAGAGUUCUCUCAACAUUCAUUGCUUGGUCUAACGUGAACAAGAGUUGAUCAAAGUUGACUGGUUAUUACCACGCUUAGCAAAAACUCUUGUUAACAUAUAAACCAGCUCAAAGUUAGCGAAAGUUGAUGAGAGUGGCAGUAAUGUUCGUCAUGCAAGACUUAUAACUUUCAUCCCCCUGUCUGGUAUGUCAAAGCGUGAUCCUAUAUCAGUUCAGUAUAUGAUUACCACUCUGCAACAAAGAGACUUUGUUCAAAUGCGACUUUUAGUGGAAGUGUUUUUUUUACAAAGAUCUUUCAAGAUUAAAGGUUAUUGUUCAAACGUAAAACAAAGAAGAAAAUAUUUGUUCCAAUGGCACGCGUAGUCAAGGAUGUUUUGUAUCAUCAAAGGCUUCGUCAUCACAUCAGAUCCGCCGGUUUUGCUUCCUCGUCAAGAAAUAAUCCUCCCUGUCCUACCUUGCGUGAUCAGACGUGGCUUGCAGGAUUGUCGACAGUCAAAAGCGCCCACGUUUUCGCCGCCUCCUUUCAAAGGCGCCCUUGUAAUCCUCAGACUGGAUCACGUUUGAAGGAAGGAUGACUGGAAACACCCCUACCCGUACUAAUUAACAUAAAUAACGACGAUGUUAGAUAAUUUAUAUUUUAUACUUCUUUCCAGCGCAUCUCUGUUGCAAUUCGAAUUUUUCUCAGCCUUUUCAUUGGAGCAGCUAUUCUGGGUAAACUAAACUAAACUAACUUUAUAUGAACUGGAUAGCUCUUUAAGUAUCAGUUCUUAACUGUUCUCCCUAGCGGUUCAGUAAGGAUCACUCUUAUUGAUCCAGUGUUACUACAGGAGGAAACCUAAGUUAAACUAACUUUAUUUAUACUGGAUAGCUCUAUCAGUUCUAAACUGUUCUUCCUAGAGGUCCAGUAAGGAUCACUCUUAUUGAUCCAGUGUUACCACAGGAGGAAACCUAAGUUAAACUAACUUUAUUUAUAGUGGAUAGCCCUUUCAGUAUCAUUUCUAAACUGUUCUCCCUAGAGGUCCAGUAAGGAUCACUCUUAUUGACCCAGUGUUACUACAGGAAGAAACCUGAACUAAACUAACUUUAUUUAUGUUGGAUAGCUCUAUCAGUUCUAAACUGUUCUCCCUAGAGGUCCAGUAAGUGUCGUCUCUUAUUGACCCAGUGUUACUACGGGAGGAAACCUAAACUAAACUAGACUAACUUUGUUUUAUAAACUAGAUAGUUCUAUCAGUUCUAAACUGUUCUCCCUAGAGGUCCAGUAAGAAUCACCUCAUAUUGAUCCGGUGUUACUACAGGAGAAAACCUAAACUAAACUAACUUUGUUUGACUAAAAUGUUUUCUUAUUAACAAAGUAUUUUUACUUUCAGCCUCUAACUAUGGCAUGCAAUGGGAGAAAAGUUCAGUUGAAACGACAACUCAAUACAAGGCGUUUAUGAGCCAAGAAAUUAAAGCAAAGGUUGGCGUGAAUAUUGGACUCCGAGGCAUUAAUGUGACGUUGAAAGGUAGGGAUGUUGCGUAGGAGUCAGAUAGGAUGCCACGUAUCGUACUGCAGAUCAUGAUCAACAUGCACCAGGGGAGGAUCUAGUUUCAUCUGCAAGGAGGGGUGCAGGUUUUCCAUGGGGUGGUCCAUGAGGGAGCCUUACUGCCCACUCUCCUCUGCAAUCUGCAACGCUACUAUCCCAACAUUACCAUUAUUUGAGAUGUUACGUUUUACAUUAUCUUUACUGAAUAGUUUAUAAAGUUUAUAUCGGCUUUUUAUCACGUAACCACCAUCUGCUAUGCAGAAACCCACCAACAGAUGGUUUGAUGUUAAUUUCUGAAAGGCGAGCAAUCGCAUGCAACAAAUGGCGCCAAGUGAUCAUUGUAUUUCUUCAUAUGUAGGACUGCCCGUUCAUCAAAGUUUUGAGAACGAGAAGACGGUGGAACACGUGGAUUACAAUGAAAAGUUUCGAUGGGACUCACCUUGGUCACAGGGACGCCUCGGCUAUGGACCUCAUGGUAUGUUGUACAGUACAUGAUGGUGGUGAUGAUGAUGAUAAUGGUGAUAAUGGUGAUGAUGAUGAUGAUAAUGGUGAUGAUGAUAAUGGUGAUGAUGAUGAUAAUGGUGAUAAUGGUGAAGAUGAUGAUGAUGGUGAUGAUGGUGAUGUGGUGAUAGUGGUUGAUGGUGAUGAUGACGGUGAUGAUGAUGGUGAUGAUGGUGAUGGUGACGAUGGUGAUGAUGAUGAUGGUGAUGAUGAUAAUGGUGAUGUAAUGAUGGUGGUGGUGAUGGCGAUGAUGGUGAUGAUGAUUGCGCAUGAUGAUGACUGUGAAGUUAUUUCUACUGGAUAGUUCUAAACUGUUCUGCAUGCGCCGGCUCUUCAAAGCUGCAUUAGCGCUAAUUCUGGGUUAAAAUUUUACCUGCCGUUUUGGUGUGUUUUUUUUUGCAUUUCUGUUUAUUUCAAAACUCGAGAAAAUAUAAUUUCUGGUGAUUCAGACAAAAUUCCGAGGGAAAAUAUUUCCAUGUUUAUAAGCAAGCCGUUGGGAAGUUGCUUCGAAGAAUUGGUUAACCUAGGAUUAAGCUGGUUUUUGAACAACCAUGCAUCUCGAAUUCAUCCAGUGUUACUACAGGAGGAAACGAGUAGUGUUUGGUGGUCAAACUUAAAGCACUAUUCUCACAUGUAACUGAGGUAAAAUUAUAACCACUAUAACUACGAUGUCACCUGAGAUGUAAAUUUUUAAUUUUUAAUUCUUCCUAGCGAGUCAGAUCAACAACGAGUACUACUCUGCACUUCAGAAAGGCAUUCCUUAUCCGAUACUACUCAUUGCCGAGUACUUUACCUUGGAUGGCGAAAAUAUACGAUGGGGCAGAGGAUUCCGAUUGGCUGGUUUCUAUACUCAUGCGCUGUUAUGGUAAGAUAAAUAAGAUCUACAUUGGUUUAGAACUGAUAGAGCUAUCCAGUAUAAAUAAAGUUAGUUCAAUUUAGGUUUCUUCCUGUAGUAACACUGGAUCAAUAAGAGAUGAUCCUUACUGGACCUCUAGAAAGAAUAGUGUAGAACUAAUAGAGUUAUCCAGUAUAAAUAAAGUUAGUUCAGUUUAGGUUUCCUCCUGUACUAACACUGGAUGAAUAAGAGACGAAUCUUACUGGACCUCUAGGGAGAACAGUUUAGAACUGAUAGAGCUAUCCAGUUUAAAUAAAGUUAGUUUAGUUAAGGUUUCCUCCUAACGUAUGUGAUUGUUUUUCUUUAUACAGGAUAGGCUUCACACUGUGGGUGAUCACCAAUAUUUUAUUUCUGAAUGUGAUAAGAUAUGGUGCAUAUUUUCUCUCCUUCACUGGUGUGGUCGUGUUGUUAGCAAAUCUUAUCUACGACUCGCUUCAUUUUGGUCCUGAGCUGACCAUUCCGUUCCCCGAAGGCAUUCUGAGCUUCUCGUAUGGCUGGUGUUUCUGGCUGAGUUUUUCAAUUGGUAAAUAUGAUUAAAAUAACUUUUUUAUGAAAUGACUUGAUAUGGACAGCUCUAUCAGUAUUCCUACUUAAUUACGGUCUUGAAUACCUUGGGCUUGCAAAGGUCAUAUAUGGUACCAGAAAAAAAACAUGAGAAUGCAGAUAGACAGAGUUCCGCGUACCUACGUAUUGGCGUACCUCCGGUACGUAAGUACGAGAAUUAUCAUAUAUUGUACAGCAGGAAACCUAAUUAAACUUUAUUUGUACUGGAUAGCUCUAUUAUUUCUAAACUGUUCUCCCUAGAGGUCCAUUAAGGAUGAUCUCUAAUUAAUCCAGUGUCACUACAUGAGUGAGCAAACCUAAACUAAACUAACUUUAAUUAUACUGGAUAGCUAUAUCAUUUCUAAACUGUUCUUCCUAGAAGCCAGUAAGGAUUAUCUCUUAUUGAUCCAGUGUUACUACAGGAGGAAACCUAAGUUAAACUAACUUUAUUUAUACUGGAUAGCUCUAUCAGUUCUAAACUGUUCUUAUUAGAAGCCAGUAAGGAUUACCUCUUAUUGAUCCAGUGUUACUACAGGAGGAAACCUAAGCUAAACUAACUUUAUUUAUCUGGAUAGCUAUGUCAGUUCUAAACUGUUCUCCCGGAAAGUCCGGUAAGAGCCAUCUCUUAUUGAUCCAGUGUUACCACAGGAGGAAACCUAAACUAAAUUAACUUUUUUUAUACUGGAUAGUUUCAUCAGUUCUAAACUGUUCUUCUUAGAGGUCCGGUAAGAGUCAUCUAAAACUAAUAAUUCGUGAGUAAAUUAGCCAACCAUUUUUCUUUUAUUUUGUUCGCAUGAUAAUUCUGGAUACCUGGGUGGCUCUGUCGAAUCUAGACUGUUCUCUCUUGAGGUCCAAUAAGAGUCAUUCCUUAUACAGGAGAAUAUGCUUCUCCUUAAUCUCCUGUAUAAGGAAUGGCUCUUACUGGACCUCUAGAGAGAACAGUUUAGAUUGAUAUAACACUUCAAUUUACUCUUUGCUUUGUUUAGGGUUUCUAUGUCUGGUUCUCGGUGUAGUGGUCGCGGCUCUGGAUUAUUGUUUUCCUGGACCGGUGGCGACAUUCUUCAACAUUGAUAUCGUUACGGAAUUUGAAGACGUUGUUGUGGCCGAGGAAGAACUGUCGCCUGGGGAGUCUCCUGAUGGCUCGUCUGUUGAAAGCAUCCCAUCUGGGGAAGAUGAAGCAACGGGCGGAGAGGCAAAUAAGGUAGACUGGAAACUAGUUUGAUUCAUGUUUAAACGUUCACAUGUUCUACAGAACGCAUAUGAGUAGAGCUAAGUCUCUCUGAGUUGAGCAGUUAAGCAUGGUUAGAUCAUACAGAGGUAGUACAUGUUCUUGUAUGUGAGUUACUUUCAUUUAAAGUGAUCUUAUUUUGUACAGAACUCAUGUGAGUAGAGUUAAAUCUCUCUGAGUUAAGCAUAGUUAGGUCAUACAAAGGUACCUUAAAAUGGUCAAAUGUUGCACAGAAUUCGAAAUCAUGUGAGUAGAGUCUCUCUGAGUUCAGCAAGAGCUAGUUAGAUCAUACAAAGGUACCCUAAAGUAAUCUGAUGUACAGAACCUAUGUCAGUAGAGUAAGUCUCUCUGAGCAUGGUUAAAUCAUGCAGAGGUAGUACAAGUUCUUGAAUGUGAGUUACCUUACCGUAUACUUUUGUAUUGCGUGCGGAAAUUGCUGCCACAUUUGGGCCGAAAAAGGAUAGCAAUUUCCGCACGCAAUUUUAUACAAAAUUUUCAAACUUUGCAAGGCUAUAUUUUCCGCACUUUACAACAUUUCGUAACCAAACUUUGCAAUUUUACUCAUUUUAGUAUGCUCUUUCUAGUUGUGGUGAUUUAUUUGCAUCUCCUUGCCUAUAAUAGUUUUAAAAUUAGUCUAUAAUGGGAAUUGUUUAUUGCUGAACCAUUAAUAUUAACAUGCCCUCUGCCUUCACUUUAGAAACGGAUUCACUUCGUUUCGCGCUCGCGUUACGCAGGUAUCUCGGCCAGUUGGAGACGCAAGAAGACACCGCUGAAUACAUCCUCAUCAUUUCCGCUGUUUCAACCAAUGUCUGUGUCUGGCAAGCCCAGAACAUCUUCGGUCAAGAUCAACAUUGAACAGCAUCAUGAUAACGAAGCAUUUCAUGGCAGCGAUGAGGAUGUUCGUUGCGAACCUGAAGUUUCACAGGAGAAUAUUGAUUCUGUGGCGGAAAUGGGAGGUGACGACGCAAGAAAUGGCGAAUGUUCGGGUGAAAACUUUGGAAAUGGUGAACGUUUAAAGGUGCCUGAUAGUACCGUCGUGGAAAAAGGGGAAUGUUCAGUAGAAAUUGGUGCGGAUUUAGGAGAAAACGGUGAAACUUCUGUGGGAAAUCCGAAGGAAAGUUUAACGGAACCUGGUGAGGUUUUAAGUAAAAAUGACAAUGCUAAUGUGACGGAAUUUUGA